AUAUCGAGCUGUUCGAGGAUUUCAAACAGGCGACGAAGAAAAAACAUUCUUGUGUAUGUGUUGUGGUCAGGUAGGAGUUAUGAAAAUGAAUCUCAUAUUACGUGUGUAAAGUUGUACGUGUCGUCCGUUUAUAGUACCAAUGAUGUCGGGUAUUCUAGCUAGAGUUGUAUUUUAUCCCACACUUGCUUACAAUGUUGUCAUGGAGAAGGUUUCCACGAGGCAAUGGUAUAAUCGUGUGGAUCAGACCGUCAUACUUGGUGCGCUUCCGUUCAAGUCAAUGACAGAGGAGUUGGUCCAAAAAGAGAAAGUAAGAGGAGUAAUUACCAUGAAUGAAGAAUAUGAAACAAAAUAUUUCUGUAAUUCAGCUGAGGAAUGGCGAGCUGUAGGCGUGGAGCAGAUGAGACUCAGCACAGUGGACAUUACAGGUGUUCCCACUCUAGAUUACAUCCACAAGGGUGUGAACUUUGCCUUGAGACAUCGAGAGCAGGGCACCAGUGUCUACAUUCACUGCAAAGCCGGCCGUUCACGCAGUGCAACUAUUGCAGCUGCAUACCUCAUCAGGCUUCACUGUUUGACUCCUGAGGAGGCAUGUAAGAUGCUAGUCUCAGUCCGGCCUCAUGUACUGAUCCACUCAGCUCAGCUGGAGAUGCUGCAGAAGUACUACAAGCAAGUGUUUGGCUCAGAGUCCAGCUAGAAGAUGCAGUGUACUAAUGCUGACAUCAAUGCUGAAAGGAUAAUCUGUGAAACAAUUUGUCAUAAAGCUUUAAGUUGUUUUUCUUCCUUGGUUGGUGUUUUUCUAUACAGACUUUUAAGAAUUUGUUUGCUGUACGUUAAUGCGGACAUAUUGUAUAUUCAGAGAGCAUUUGAGAUCAUACCUUAUAUGGCUAUGAUUCUUCUGGGUCCUUAGCUACAUUAUUAAUAAAAUAAUCUUGCCAAUCUUUGUUUUGUUUUUUUACACAGUAAAUUGCAAAAUCAUGUACAUUUUUUAUUGAUUUUGAAUGAAUGUUAAAAUGAUUUUAAAAUUACCACAGAUAUUUUAUCUGUGGAUCUUAACCUGUGAUCGUUUUAAAAGCUACGCAAAAGUAACUUUUGUGUCUUAUGUGGCAGAUCUGUAGCUCUUAUGUUGCUUUAUUCUUUUUAGGUAUAAGAUAAUGUUUUAUAAUUGUAAAGAAUAUACAGAGGUUUGGAGAAGGGGAGGAGCUUGCCUUAUAAUUUGGUGGGUGCAAGCUCUAGAAAUUGGAAAAAGUCUAUGUUGAAUGGAAAAUUUCCGGAAAUUGUUCAUGACGUUUAAUUAUAUAGCUAAAGGUGUUUGGGGUAUUUUUUCUUCAUAAAAUAUCACUAUAUUAUAUACAUAUAUAUUCCAAAGCCUUGUCUUUUGGUAUGGCACCCAGUGAAGCUCUGCUAGUUUUGGUAAAAUUCAUAUAAACUUAAGCCACUGGGAUCAGUGCUUCCUGAGCACUGUGGCAAAAUUGUGUUACCAGGGUCUCUCUGUUUCAUAGAACUGACUUUCUGCACUGUAAACCCUAAUGUUGACAUUACUGGACAAAUCAAGUUUUAAUUAAACAUUACUUGAAAUGUAAA